CAGAGGCGCUCACAGUGACCCGCUGCGGUUCUCCAGGGGAGCCUUAGCAUGUCCUUCCUCACAGAUUUCCAAGCACUCCUGUUCCUCACAGCCUCCGUUCACGACAACGGGCAAAAUGCUUCCUCCUCCCAAACGUACAGGAAAUGAACUUUGUUCCGUGUGAGUCCGCAGUGACCAUGCGUGACCCCCACGUCAACGUCACCUCCAACUGCUCUUUGGCCGCCUCCAACCUGACAGCCGUGGAGGACGUCCCGCAGCUCCCCACCUUCACCACGGCGGCCAAAGUAAGAGUCAUCAUCACGUUCAUCCUGUGCGGCGCGUCAGCCUUCUGCAACCUGGCCGUGCUGUGGGCGGCACGCAGGGACGGGAAGCGGAAAUCCCACGUCAGGGUGCUGAUCGUCAACCUGACCGUGGCCGAUCUGCUGGUGACCUUCGUGGUGAUGCCCGUGGACGCGGCGUGGAACAUCACCGUCCAGUGGCUCGCUGGGGACUUUGCGUGCAGGCUGCUGAUGUUUCUGAAGCUGCUGGCCAUGUACUCCUGCGCUUUCGUCACUGUGGUGAUCAGCCUGGACAGGCAGGCCGCCAUCCUCAACCCUCUGGCGAUCAACAAGGCCCGGAUGAGGAACAGGAUCAUGCUGGCGGCGGCGUGGGGUAUGAGUGUGGUGCUUUCGAUCCCUCAGAUCUUCCUGUUUCACAACGUGACCAUCGUCCAUCCUGAGAAGUUCACCCAGUGCACCACGCGGGGAAGCUUUGCCGCGCGUUGGCACGAGACGGCCUACAACAUGUUCACCUUUUCCUGCCUGUUCCUGCUGCCGCUGGCCAUCAUGGUCACCUGCUACGCCAGGAUCUUCCAUGAGAUCUCCAAACGACUGAAAAAGGACAACCUGCCCACCAGCAGAGUACGUCUGAGGUGCUCCAAAAACAACAUCCCCAAGGCCCGGAUGAGAACGUUAAAAAUGAGCGUUGUGAUCGUCUCGUCUUUCAUCGUCUGCUGGACACCCUACUACCUGCUGGGCCUCUGGUACUGGUUCUUUCCUGACCACCUGGAGGACAAGGUGUCCCACUCACUGACCCACAUCCUGUUCAUCUUCGGGCUGGUAAACGCCUGCCUGGAUCCGCUGAUCUACGGCCUGUUCACCAUCCACUUCAGGAAGAGGCUCCAGAGGAAGCACCCCAACACCGCCUCCGCCGGCGACGCGGAAAACGCCACCGUCUUAACCGGAUCGUUCACGUCUCCGGCCCUCUCGCUGUCCCUGAGGAGAGAGUUGAGGCGCCUCAGUCAGGAAAAGCUGGUGCUUUGCGGCGACAGCCACAGGAAAGCAGAGCUUCCGCCGCUAAGCAGCAGCUUUCUGGGAGAGGACAGAGAUCUCCAGCAGUCCAGUUCCGAGAGCAUCUUGUGA